AUGUUGAGAAGGGAACCAAAUAGCUCUAGUAGUAGUAACAGGUGGAUAGAAAAUGGAUCCUUUCCUUUUGAAAAGCCGAAUGUCAGUUAUAUAGUAUCGGCAGAAUUUGAUAAUAAGUUAGGUCCUAUUGUGAAGCACCAAUACCCAAAAAGUAUCCCGGGUUUCAGUCAGUCCCCAUACGAGGAAUGCAACGGUAAUACGUCGGUGUCUAUGAACUUGGCAAGUUUAAUGAUUCCAAGUAGUAUAGAACGAAAUCCCGGCAAACAAGACGUUACAGUGUUUACCCUUUAUUAUAAUAAGUUUACUCAAAAUUAUCAACUCUUUCCCGUACCAAAACACCCUCGUUUCAGUUUCAAUCUGCAUCAUCGGGAACACUCAGAUAGCAGCGUUAGCAAUAGCAUAUAUUACGAUGCCGAAAACUAUCAGGACGCAAGAAACAAUAGAUAUACUAUUGUUUUGGAAAAUGAUGAAUUUGAAUCCCAGGAAUUUCAGAAUAAUCGGAAAGCCAUAGAUAAUGAACCUUUAUUUUUCAUAAAUGUGGCUAACACAGUUUUGGACACCACAAACGAUAGAGGAGCUGUAAUCAAAUCAAUUGCCAUCGGCACACCAUUGAAAACCUUCUUUGCAUUCAAAAACAUUAUUGUAUUAGUAUUAGAUUUGUACAUGAAGGCGCCGACUCAAGAUGCUGCUACAGAUGUACUGCUUGAUUGCUUUAGAAUGCUAAACAGUAUUGACCUUUCAUUGAUUAAUGAUAUACAUUCCAAAAGUAGCAUACAAGAUGUGCUACACUCUAUCCAUGACGAAUCUAUCAUUACCAAAGUUUUUUUUGACCCAAAUUCGACUUUAAAGAAACUAUUUUGCAUAGAUGGAUUUGACAUUAAGGACAAGUAUGGUAACAAUGUGACUUUCCAUGACCAAUUCAUUCAAUAUCACUUUACAAGGUUUCAGCCAAAGACGCUCCCGCCAUUUUUGUUAAAAAUCCCGUUGCAAUUUGAUAUGAUCAAAAGAGAGCCUAUUUAUAUUGAGAACGAUUAUAAUGAAUUAGUUUUGAAAUUGUUGGAUAUAUUCAUUCCUUACCUUCUUAAAGCAGGCCCGAAACUCAAUGCAUGGAAAUUAGUCAUCAAUUCAACUAAACUAAGUAAAGAAGACCUCUGUGCUUUCAUUUUAUCAUUAGCCAACAUAACGGCAACUUACGCUAGCGACCCACAGUCCUAUUUCAAAGGGAAUACAGCGUUGAUUUUUCCCUAUAUGGAUAUAUCCCUUGUUGACAGCUUACGAGCAAAUGUAACAUCAGAUACUGAUUCUAUCGGAUGCUUUGCGAUUAUUGGGACGGCCAAUCCAAUUUUCCGAUAUCAGUUAGAUAUCUGGGAUUAUUACUAUGAUGUGGACGAGGGAGUUUUUUAUGAGAAUAAUAGACCAGAAAAAGAAAAGCUAGAUACAGAGGCAGAACAGAAGACUGAACCUAAUCCUCUAAAAAAAAUCUUUAAUAGGCCUCAUUUUUCAACUAAUGUAGUUAACGAAAGCCAAGUGAACUUGGGCCAGAAGCUCUUUUCUCUCCUUAUUGAUGAAUAUCAUGAUUAUGAUACUAUCAUGAGUGUAUUGAGAAGGCUGAACGUUCUCCAACUGGAAAAUCUUUUAGACACUUUGAAGAGGCGAGAAAUUUCACCUGAUAUAGCGCUAAAAGAUGAAUACAUUAUGUUCUACAAAGACCUUUUCAUUUUUCCGGAGUUUUUUGACUAUUUUACAUUGCAUAGUAUUGAAUUGUUAUCUAACUUGGAUAAUUGUUUAUUUAGCCUAGGAAACACAUGCCAGUUACUUUCCACAGAGCAAACAUAUUCCCAAUUAAGUCAAAUAUUGGAAAUUGUUAAGGAAUUGUUUCGGAUGGUAUCGAUAAGCAGGACGAAUGUUGAAAAGUUUUUAAACGCUUGUUUAAACUAUUCUCCGUCCAAAAUAUUACCUACAGCUGAGCUGCAGGCUGAUAAUUUUUCUAGGUGGAGUUUUGAAAGAGAAGUGCAUCAGGGGUUUGACAACUUUAACAGCUACAUGGGCAUCGAAAGGGAUCCCCACUGCGUUGUAUUAUCAGCAAUAGAUCUCUUUACCCAAAUUUACAGUUUUGAUAUAUUGGCGCUUUUCCUCACAUUUAUUGUAAAGGACAGCGGGCAGGAUUUGCCCUCUACAAAAUCUCUGUCCAGGAAAAGGACGUAUUUGACUAGAAUGGCUCAAUCUUCUUCGUUGAGACAGUUUUUACAAUUGAGUACACGCCCUAAUAUAAGGAUUCUGGGAAGUAAUGGUCAGGGCUCUAAAAACUUUAAAUAUUCUGAAUUUACAAACGCAUCCUCGGUCAUCUCACCCAAACUAAGGGCAUCUCCUCUAUUAGAAAGGAGGGCGUCAAAAAUCAGCUAUGCCAUUACGAAAUUGCUCUAUAGGUUAGAAUGUCAUCCCCUAGGUAGGAUCUUCUUGAAGAAAUAUCUCCACAAUCAAUUCCGAGAGGCCUACCUAGAAUCGAAAAGGCACUUUAUUUGUGAAAAUGGAGAUCCUGACAGCAGAGAUUCAAGCAACGCCCCCUCUACCAUUGUAUCAUCAUUCAUUCCCUUAUCUUCAAAUGGAACAAAAAUGUCAAAUGACCUGAAGCAAAUUAGCGAACAACAGGAAUCCAAAUUAGAAUCCACUCAAAGAAAGGCUGACGGUGCCUAG